GUUACGAUGUCGUCGUGGAGGGAAAACAGUGGUGUUGACAAUCUUGCAUUCAAUAACGAUGAACAAGUCAAUGGUGAACUCAAAGGAAAAUCAGAUGAGACCUGUGGGAGCAGUUGUGUGGAAACGUUAGGUGGAAAUAAACCAACCUAUUGUGUGACUGAUGUUCCUCCAUGGUAUCUUUGUGUUUUCUUGGCCAUCCAGCAUUGUUUAACAGCAUUCGGUGGGAUCAUUGCGAUCCCUCUCAUUCUCUCAGAGGGCUUGUGUCUGCAGCAUGACAGUCUGACACAGAGUCUUCUCAUUAACAACAUUUUCGUCGUCUCUGGCCUCUGUACGCUUCUGCAGGUUACCUUCGGUGUCAGGCUUCCCAUCCUACAGGGAGGUACAUUUACCUUAGUGACCCCAGCCAUGGCCAUGCUGUCCUCGCCGGACUGGCAGUGCCCUGCUUGGACCCAGAAUUCCAGCCUGGUCAACACCAGCUCACCUGUCUUUGUAGAAGUGUGGCAGACCCGGUUGAGAACACUGCAGGGCUCUAUCAUGGUGGCCUCUGUCCUCCAGAUUGUGGUUGGUUUCUCAGGCCUCAUUGGCUUCCUCAUGCGCUUCAUUGGCCCCUUAACUAUUGCCCCCACUGUGUCUCUCAUAGGCUUGUCACUGUAUGACUCAGCUGGAGAAAAGGCUGGCAGCCACUGGGGCAUCUCUGCUAUGACCACGGGGCUGAUCAUCUUGUUCUCUCAGUACUUGCGUUUAGUACCCAUCCCUGUUCCUGCAUACAGCAAAACCAAGAAACUGCACACCAAAAGGUUCUUCAUGUUCCAGACGAUGCCUAUUCUGCUAGGCAUCGCAGUCUCAUGGUUAGUCUGCCACCUCCUCACCAUCUAUGAUGUCCUACCGUCUGAUCCAGCUCAGUAUGGUCACUUGGCCCGAACUGAUGUGAAGGGAAAUGUUGUGGGCAAGGCCUCCUGGUUAACAUUCCCUUAUCCUGGUCAAUGGGGGGUGCCAACUGUGAACAUGGCAGCUGUGUUUGGCAUUCUCGCUGGAAUAAUAGUCUCCAUGGCAGAGUCUGUUGGUGACUACUACGCAUGUGCCAGGCUAUCAGGGGCUCCCCCUCCUCCAAAGCAUGCCAUCAGCCGGGGCAUCGGUAUUGAAGGGCUUGGAAGUUUGUUGGCUGGGGCCUUUGGGACAGGCAAUGGCACCACUUCGUUUAGUGAGAACGUGGCAGCUCUUGGUAUAACCAAAGUUGGCAGCCGAACAGUGAUCCUGGGGAGUGGAGUUUUUAUGAUUUUGACGGGAAUGUUGGGCAAAAUUGGAGCCAUCUUUACAACUGUCCCCACACCAGUGAUUGGAGGGAUGUUUCUGAUCAUGUUUGGAGUCAUAACUGCUGCAGGGAUUUCUAAUCUGCAGUUCACAGACAUGAAUUCCUCUCGGAACAUCUUUGUGUUUGGGUUCUCCAUCUUCUCUGCACUCGUCAUUCCAAACUGGAUCAUGAAGAACCCUGAUGCUCUUCAAACAGGUGUCACAGAGCUGGAUCAAGUGUUGCGCAUAUUGUGGACCACCCACAUGUUUGUGGGAGGGUUUAUUGGCUUCUUUCUGGACAACACCAUUCCCGCAUUUACUAAAAUGUCCUUGCGGAGCUCGGGUACGUCGUUUUGUGGAGGAAAACCUGCAUCAUACUUUGUGGCUGAGAUCCGACAAACCACCGGAGGAGACACGCCGAAUCCUCAGAGGAAUGACAGGAAUGUCAUGAAAUAUCAGAUGAGCCUGACCAGAUGGAUCAGAAGGAGGAGCUGUGAUCAACACCAAAGCUUCCUGUGAUGCCCAAACACAGUGGUCAGACCCAGGGAUGGAGGACCACACCUAUUCUAUUAUUUACGUGCUGGAGAUGAGGUGAUGGGUGACCGUGGUUUCACAGUUAGAGACUUGCUGGAGGAGCGUAGGGUGAAGCUGAUCAUUCCAGCAUUCACACGCAAAGGAGGCCAGCUGACCAGUGAGGAGGUCACUCACACACGCCGCAUUGCUCAUGCCCGCAUUCAUGUUGAAUAAGGAACCUGGAGAUGUACAAGAUUCUUUCUCAAACAGGACCAAAUUAACUUUGUGCCCAAAAUUGACAAAAUGCUCAAGAUUUGUGCUGGUUUAGUGAAUUAAAGAGCUGAGUUUAUUUCAAGUGAAAAGUGAGAAGACAUUUAAUAUUGCACUUAAACAUACUUACAUAUUUCAUUCAUUUAACAUUUUCUGAAAACAAUUGAGGUUCAGUUAAACUUACAGUAUCUUUAACACAUAACUCUCAACAGGUUAAGUGCUGUAUGUAGUUUGUAGAGCUGCACUUACAUAUUUCAUUCAUUUAACAUUUUCUGAAAACAACUGAGGUCCAGCUGCAAUUGUUAUUUUUUUUUUGAGGAAAUAAAAGUUCAAAUAGUCCUCUGACAGUAAACUGAAUCUCUCUCACUUAAGACACAAAUGUAAUGUGCUUUUGUUAAACAAUAUUUUUGUGUUAAAAUGUUUUGAUUCAUGUCCCUAUAUUGUAUGUCCUAAUAUGUCAGGAGGGGAUCUUUCAGGUUCUGUUUUUAAUAAAACUGAAAACAAAAA